GGCUCCUUGUUGGCAUUCCGCCUUCAUUUUAAACUUCAUUAAACUUGUAUCAAUUUAUAUCCAUUCGCAAAUCCCCACAGAGGUGCUUCACUAUGUCAGCCCCAGUGCCAAUCAAGAACUCUAAAACGGUACUGUACGACCCGGAAGGCGACGAGGAGUUCCUAAUGGAGGGGGACACCAUAAGCGCAGGCGAUGACGUAUCUUCUAAGGAUCAUCAUCUUAGCUACAAGGUUAUAGAGGGUCCUACCGAUGUGCCCGUUCCGCAGUUAAACUAUAAAGUAGUUACUUUGCACGGUGAUAGAGUACGUGUAAAGCCGGAGAGUGAGUGCAGCAAAUCGCUUCCUAGUAAUAAGACCAUGGACAUUCCAAAUAUGUACAAGGAGAAGGUUGAAACUGUCAAGUUAAAGCCUGGCGAGAUGCAAACAGAAGACGAACUCCACGAGGAAAUGACUGAGCAACAGAUGAGACCCGCACGAGCACGGGCUCAUGUACAGAAGAGGCUUUCGCAGUUGUUGGAUGAGGAAGACUUGGCGGAGGUGGAGUCGGACUCGUCCCCGCGUUCAUCGUUGAAAGACGGACAUAAACCUGAGCGCAGAAGGACGUCUUUCUGUGACAUUGAAGACGUGGUCGAGUACAAAACAUACGAAGCAGCCCACAAAUGCAAUUCCGAGCCGUUUUUAAAAAUAGAACGGCCUGAUCCCAUCACCGCCAUGCGUGCCCAGGGUGUCCAUCCCAAUACCAUCAUGAUGAUGCAGAUGGGUUUUUAGGAGCGCACUCGAUACCGAGGAACCGAGAAUCUUGGCUAAGGGGUUUAGGUAUUGCGAUACUAUAAUAACAUCUGGCGACGUAGCUGGAUGUGCGUAAACGUAUAUUCCUUUUUACACACGGCACGGUGGUGUUGUCACAUAUAUGUACAUAGUUAUUCAUUUGCACUGCUGUUGAAGUCGAGUGGCAGAUAGGCUUGUAGCCACACGCACACACAUACACACACACAUAUAUAUAUAUAUAUAUAUAUAUAUAUAUACGUCCUAUGCGCAUGGUAAGUGCACUGUUGACACGGCACAAGAUCAAGUAGUAGAAUAAGCGAGUAGAGGUAGGGAGGUGGCGAUGUACGAGCACAAACACAGAGUGUGGGGAAGGGGGAAGAGAGUUAGGCACAGAAUAUGUGAAGACAUGCGUGCACCUGGGAGGGGCGGGCACUAACGUCAAGGAAUGGAGUGGAGGAAGGAAGGUGGCGUCAUACGAACAGAGACACAGAGUUUGGAAGGAUUAGAGAUAGGCACAGUAUAUAUAUAUAUAUAUAUCGCAAACGGAUAUCUUCCGCUUAACUGCAGUGGAGCAUGCGUAUGUGAUAUAGUAAACACCCACACAACUAUGUUACGGUAAACGUAUACGGGUGUGGAUCGACUGACACACACACACAGGGUUAGAAAGUGCCAGAGCGGAGACAUUGCCGGUUGCUACUUGUUGCAUUUCUAGCGCUCGCAUGAGGAAUGGUGUGCACCUCAAUCUGUAAUCAGCAGACGCUACAGGAGAUGAGAAGAGUGUAUGUGAACACUGGGAUUCCAGGGUGUCUCCAAAUUGCAUCGUCCCGGUCUUUACGGAUAUGUGUCGGGAAUAGUACCCCGAAGUCGUACAUACGUAGUCAACGCCAUCACCUCCUCAGGUGUGGCUGAGUCUGGUUGCUGGCACUAUCGUUGCGUUCGGAACACAGAACAAUGCUAGGCUUCCUCCACAUCCACCACACAUCACUGUGUAUGGCCACACCCGUUGAGCGCGCUUACAAAGCUCUGGUUAUUGCAGUCAGUCGGGGUCCCUCCUAUCAACUGGGGCUGUGUGACUAGCAGACACUACGCCUAUGACUGCCGAAUCUUCGGCAGUUGACGAUCUGAAUGUGUUCGAGCCAUCGGCAGAGGAAGGGUAGGUGUUUGCAUUAGAUACUGGACGUAUGCUAUGUGCCUGAUGUUUCAUGAUACGUACACCUCACCGUAUUACAAGUGCGGCGCUGCCCACCGUAUCGACAGAACCACGCGUGUGGAGUGUCUGUGCAGGAAAUGUGGGCCUAAACAUGCAGUGGCCUGUUCUAUUUAAGUACAGCAACAGACACACGCGACACCCGGUAUUGACGCAUUUGUAUUUACCCUCAAUGUGUACACACUAGUCACAUAACACACACAACAACAGACACUCAAAUUCUCGUACGAUAGCACUAUGCUGCUUUCAGGAAUACACCCUCCCGUUCCCAAGUAAUAUACUUUCGGGCGCGUAACUGAUCAGAAAGCGUACCCGUCGUCCAUCCCCCACACACAUGUCACUUUGACACUUGGUGUGUGUUUACACAUUCCACACCCACACUUGCGCGCCAAGAUAUGAUUAGUUAUAAUGUUAUAUGGAGAAGUAGUUUUUCGUUGAGAGUUUUUUUUAAAAAGAUACAUUCCGAAAGGAUACAGUUGCAGAUUAACAUCACACCGUACCUAACAUCCAGCUCGAAGUCAAAUUGGUUAAGUCGGGUCACAGCUAUCCUCAAGCCGACGUAACCCUAAAACCCUAAACUGUUCCUAAAAUAGGGGUCUAUUUUUUAUGGAGAAGUUGAACGUAAACGCAUUCAAGAAUAAAAUGAAUACAUAUGGUAAUUUAGAAUGUAGUCGCACUUAUAAGAAAUAAACUUUAAAACGCUU